AUGAAACAGACAAGAGUUCAAUCAGCGGCUACAAAUUCCCGUCUUCGAGAUAAUCAUUAUGAUCCAAAAGUGCAUGCUAAAGCUUGGAUAGCUCCAGGUAUAUGUUGAAAUAUAAAUCAGGGAUAUUUAAUUAGCUGCCAAAAUAUGAACAUUUAGAUUCAGGACUAGUUGUUAUUCAUUAGAAGAAUAAUAAGAUGAAAAAGUUUAAAGAAUUAUCAGAAUUAAAUUAGGAGAUUUAAUUGAUGUAAGAGAAAGGUGAAUUUAGAAAGUUUAAAGAAUUUGAGAAUCUUUAUAAUGGAGAUUUAGUAGUUACAAUUGAAUAUUGGUAUUGAUAUAAAUUAGAAUGAAUAGUACAAAUUGUAGUUAACAUGCAGGAUCAACUAGACAUGAUGAAGAGAAAUAUUACACAUUUGCCACUAAUUUAAAAUAGGAAUUAAUUCAAUAAUAUCCAACUGCAAAAGUUUAUUUAAAACCAUUAAUAUAUGAUCCACAUGAUUAUUCAAUAGAUACUUUAUAUAUAUAAAGAAGAAUUGGAGCAUUUGAAGUUUAAGUUUGUUCUAAAAAUAGAGAUUAAGUUAAAAAAGGAUUAGUUUUUUCUAAAUUAACUACUAAGAUGUGGCCUAAUUAUGCAGAAGUAAUUGAAAGAAUAAGUGAUUAUUUAAAUACUGCUCCAUUAGAAAUUUAUGUUAGUUUUGGUGAAAAUAUAAUUGGGAAUCUCAAUAAUAUUGAAGUAACCUUAACACCUCAUAGAUAAGAUAGACCAUAAUCAAGUGUAUCUAGAAUAUCUUAAUAAACUAAAAGAACUAAUAGAACUAAUAACAAAGAAAGAAAAAUAAUUGUUAAAACUAAUAAUUAAGGAUAUAUUAAAUUAACAGAUGUACCUGUUGAUGUUUAUGCUGUUGAAGUAUAAGAAUCGAAUGAUUAUUUAAAUGAAUAAUUACUUUUAAAUAUGGUUGAAAUGGCUGAAUAAAGUAAUGAUACUAUUCAAGUUGUUAUCAAAUUACGAAAAUAAACUCAUUCAUAUUUAGACAUUAAAAUAUUUAAUUAAUAAGGAUCCAUCAUUAAUGAAGCCAAAAUUACUAUUAAUAAUCUUCAAACUUAAGAAAGUAUGUUAUCUAGAGAAAUUGAACCUGGUAGAUAUGAAGCCAUCUUAGAACCUGGUACAUAUUCUCUUAUUGUAUCUAAAAGAGGAUAUAAAGAAUUAAUUUAAAAUAUUGAUGCUGUUCAAGGUGUUAAUGAAUUUAAAUUAAUUUUGGAAUCAGAUCCAAAUGAUAUAUAAUCUAUUAAACCACCUUAAUCAGCUAAAUAAUUAUAACCCCUAUAAAAACCAAGUAGUGCAAGACCUACUAGUGCUUAAAGAUCAUAAUAAGGUUCUAAUACUAAUCAAUCAUUAUAAUAAAUUAAUAAAUCAUAAUCUUAAUAAUAAUAAUAAUUAUAAUAAUUACCUCCUAAACCUAAAUCAUAAUCAUAAUCUAUGCAAUCAUAAUUUGAAUAACCUGAAUAUAUGGAACCUACUAAAUAAGAAGCUGUCUCUAAUCCUAAUAGACCAAUCUCAGGAUAUAAAUCUACUUAAGUAUUCAUUUAUGAUCCAUAUACCAAUUUACCUAUUGAAGGUGUUUAAGUUAUAUUAAAUGAAGAAUCCACCAAAUAAGCAUAAACUUAUGUAACUGAUCAAGAAGGAACUUGUAGAAUCAUCUUAUAAGGAGUCUUAGAAGGGAAAAUGGUCAUUUAAACGUAUCUAUAUUUUUUCUAUUUAUUUUAGUGAAGGAUACUUUCCAAUUGUUGAAGAAUAUGGUACCACCUAGUCUAAAAUGAAUUUGUAUCAACUUAGAGAAUUAUCAUUCCCUUUGAUUCAACAUUUAGAUGAUAAUAAUUCAGUUAUGAUUCUUAUUUAAACCAAUGUUGAAGUUAUGCCCAUAGAUAUUAAACUUAUACUACCAGAUGGUGUAUCAAUUGAUUAAAGUCAUUAAAAUGUUUUAUAUGAUUUAAAUGAUGAAUCUGGAUGUUAAAGGAUUAUUAUUCAUGAUCUAAAUACUAAAAAAGGUGUAUAUAGAAUUAUAGCUGAUAUAAUUGAACCUGAUUAUGUUCAUCCUCAACAUUUAAAAGUUUACAUCAUUACUAAUAAAGAAUUAAAAUUAGUUGAUGUCCCUAAAACUAUUAAUUAAGAAUAAAUAUUUUGGGAUAUUGGAGUUAUAUGUGGUAAUUCAUUUAUAUAUCAUUAGCCCCUAAUUCUGCAUUUCUAGAAAUCAAUACUCCAACAGAUGAAAUAUUAAAAAGAGAUAAAUAUCUUAAAGAUUAUUAAAGUUUAUUAUAGUUCUUAAAGAAUUCUAAGAAUAUGGAUUUAAAAACAAUUUUAGGAUUUAAUGAUAAAGAAAGACUUGAAUUAUAAGGUGAUGUUUUUGUCUAAAAAGAUAAAAUUAAAAAUACUCUUGAUAAAUAUGGAUUUGAAGCUAUUACUAAUCUCGAUUAUUUAAUAUACUCAGCUAUGAUGUCUAAUGGAUUGUAUAGUUUCAAAAAACUUGAAUAAAAAUUUGGAAAUCUAGAUUUUGAAUUCAUAUUUGAUGAUGAGAAUUCAACUAGUAAAUAAAAGGAAAUGAGUGAAGAUGAACCUUAUGAUGAUGAUUAUGAUAUAUGA